AUGUUACCUCUAAUUAAUACACUUAUAAUCAUUAUUCCUGUUUUACUAGCUGUUGCUUUCCUAACACUAGUUGAACGAAAGGUAUUAGGUUAUAUGCAAUAUCGAAAAGGCCCUAAUGUAGUUGGCCCAUAUGGCCUUCUUCAACCAUUAGCUGAUGGCCUAAAACUUUUUAUUAAAGAGCCAGUCCGACCCUCAACUUCUUCAUCAUUUUUAUUUAUAUUAGCUCCAACUAUAGCCUUAACUCUAGCCUUAAUUAUAUGAAUACCCUUACCUCUACCUUAUUCUCUUCUUGAUCUUAACUUAACAAUUUUAUUUAUAUUAUCUAUCUCAAGUCUUACAGUAUAUUCUAUUUUAGCAUCAGGUUGAGCUUCUAAUUCCAAAUAUGCCCUAAUAGGAGCUUUACGAGCAGUUGCUCAAACUAUUUCAUAUGAAGUCAGUCUUGGUUUAAUUCUUCUAUGUCUAAUUAUUCUCACUGGAGGGUAUUCCCUCUCCUCUUUUAAUAUUACACAAGAAAAUAUCUGACUUCUUAUCCCAGAAUGACCUCUAGCUGCAAUAUGAUAUAUUUCAACCCUAGCAGAAACUAAUCGGGCUCCCUUUGAUCUCACUGAAGGUGAAUCAGAAUUAGUCUCUGGUUUUAAUGUCGAAUAUGCAGGCGGUCCAUUUGCUCUUCUCUUCCUAGCAGAAUAUGCUAAUAUUCUUAUAAUAAAUACCCUUUCUGCUAUUCUAUUCAUAGGAGCAUUACACAAUCCUUUAAUACCUGAACUUACUACAAUUAAUCUCAUAUUAAAAACAACUAUCCUAUCUUUAAUUUUUCUUUGAGUACGAGCAACCUACCCCCGUUUUCGCUAUGACCAACUUAUACAUCUUAUCUGAAAAAACUUCUUACCAUUAUCAUUAGCUCUUAUCCUAUGACACGUAUCAAUUCCUAUUUCCCUAGCAAGUAUCCCACCAUUCAUAUAG